AUGUUCGCACACGCCCGCAAAGCGUUCACGCUCGUUGAGAUCCUGAUCGUCGUCGUGAUCCUCGGGAUCCUCGCGGCGAUCGUGGUUCCGAAGUUUUCCAGCGCGUCGGAGCAGUCGGCCCAGACGGCCUUCGUCACGACGCUCAACGAGCUCGUCAAGGUCGCCAACCUGAGCUACACCAUGUCGGGCCAGUACCCGGUGGAGCACACAUUCGGCAUGAUGCCCACGGAGUACGACACCUGGCUCGACAGCGGCGAGUGGGGCACCACCACGCCGAUCGGCGGCAACUGGGACGUCAUCUCCGGCGGCGCGGUCACCUUCGGCGUCGGCGUCUUCUUCCCCACCUCGCCCCCGACCGACGCCUUCAUGGCUCAGAUCGACGCCCUCUACGACGACGGCGUCCUGACCACCGGCGCGUUCCAGAAGCUCGGCACCGGCGAGUUCUACGUGAUCAUGGAGCCGUAA